AUGCAGGCUAACAGGGAGCGGAUGACGCAGAUCAUGUUUGAGGUCUUCUACGUCCCUGCCCUGUACGUGGCCACCCAAGCGGUCCUGGCCCUUUAUGCAUCCGGAAGAACCACCGGGAUUGUGUGUGACAGCGGCGACGGCGUCACGCACGUGGUUCCGAUUUACGAGGGCUUCCUCAUUCCCCAUGCUGUUGGGCGAGUCAACUUCGCUGGCAGAGACCUCACGGAGUACUUGAUGAAGCUCGUUCAGGCAGCAGGAACCUCGCUUUCCACGACAGCCGAGCGAGAGAUUGCUCGAGUGGUCAAGGAACAGUGCUGCUACGUGGCUGAGAACUUCGAAGAUGAGAUGAAGAAGGCUGAAAGCUCCGGCGCCUGCGAGCUGCUGCACGAGCUGCCAGACGGCAACGAGCUGCGGAUGAACAGCGAGCGCUUCAGAUGCCCGGAGUCGAUGUUCGACCCCGCACUCAUCGGACUGCCCGAGGCAGAGGGCAUCCACAAGCAGGUGUACCAUGCCAUCAUGAGGGUCGACCUCGACAUCCGGCGAGAGCUGUUUGCGAACAUAGUUGUGUCCGGUGGGUCAACCUGCUUCCCAGGCUUUGCGCGACGGCUGCAGAGUGAGCUGGCGGAGCUGACGCCGAACACUGUGCGGAUUCGCGUUCUAGCACCCGAUGACCGUCACUACUCUGUAUUUAUCGGAGGCUCCAUGCUCGCAGACCUGGACUUGUUCACGGAAAUGUGCGUGGCAAGAACCGAGUAUUUGGAGCACGGGCCCACCAUUAUCCACAAGAAAUGCUUCUGA